UUAAAUCCAACGACACACCACACCUUACUGUUCACUGUGUUAUUUACUUCUACCAUGUCUCAACUCAACCACAUUGUCAUAGAUAGCACUUGCAUAUACAUAACAGUUUAAAGAAAGAGAAAAGAAAAAAAACCAAAAUGUAAAAAAGAAAGAAACUAUAAGAGAGAGAAAGAAAGAAAGUGUUUCUGCAGAGUUUGCAGGUUUUUAGCAGAAAUGGUGGCAGAUGGUUUUUUAACUUUACAUGUGAAAUUAUUUUUUGCUCUCAUUUUUCUUUGGUGCUAGCUAGUAGCUAUGUUAUGUUUGUAUGGCAGAAACAAUGAUGUGAUUGAACAUCUAAAGCUUAUUAUUAUUAUUACUCAUUCAUAAUAAUUUCAGAAGCUUUGAAAAUCCAACUCUUUCUUCAUUUCACAUAAAAAGCUAUAUUAUUUGGAGAAUACACAGAAGAAUACUCUUUAACUCACUUCACCUUACCCUUUCAAUGGUUCCUAGUGAGUACUACAGUUGAAGAAGGAGUCUAGUAUAAGAAAAUAAGAACACCCUUUUGUUCUUUUUCUCUUAUUGUGGCUGUUUUUUAAGAAGUGGUUCUAGAAGGAAAGAGGUUUUUGGUGGUUGUUGAGUGGUUUUGUUUGGUACUUUGGUUGGAGCUAUGGCAUUUGAAUUUGGAGUUGUUUUUGUUCUUGUUUUGCUCAGUUGUUUCAAUGUCAAUUCAGUGGAAUCAGAUGAUGGGUCAACAAUGUUGGAGAUCAAGAAGUCAUUCAGGGAUGUGGAUAAUGUUUUAUAUGAUUGGACUGACUCACCAACAUCAGAUUAUUGUGCUUGGAGAGGGAUUACAUGUGAUAAUGUCACCUUCAAUGUUGUUGCACUCAAUCUUUCUGGUUUGAAUCUUGAUGGCGAAAUUUCGCCUACAAUUGGGAAACUUCAAAGCUUGGUGUCUAUCGAUUUAAAACAAAAUCGGUUAUCAGGUCAGAUACCAGACGAGAUUGGCGACUGCUCUCUGUUGCAAACCUUGGACUUUUCGUUUAACGAAAUUCGGGGGGAUAUACCAUUUUCAAUUUCUAAGCUGAAACAAUUGGAAUUUCUGGUUUUGAGGAAUAAUCAGUUGAUUGGACCAAUUCCUUCAACAUUGUCUCAGAUUCCUAACUUGAAAUAUUUGGACCUUGCACACAAUAAUCUUAGUGGUGAAAUUCCAAGGCUUCUAUACUGGAAUGAAGUUUUGCAGUAUCUGGGAUUGCGAGGGAAUAACUUGGUUGGUUCGCUAUCUCCGGACAUGUGCCAAUUAACUGGAUUGUGGUAUUUUGAUGUGAAAAACAAUAGCUUGACAGGAAAUAUUCCUGAAAACAUAGGCAACUGCACCUCCUUCCAAGUCUUGGAUUUAUCUUCCAACGAGCUAACCGGAGAGAUUCCAUUCAAUAUCGGUUUUCUACAAAUAGCAACCUUGUCAUUGCAAGGCAAUAAUCUUUCUGGACAUAUUCCACCCGUGCUUGGUCUCAUGCAAGCGCUUACUGUGUUAGACUUGAGUUAUAACAUGCUAACUGGAUCAAUCCCUCCUAUUUUGGGUAAUUUGACUUACACAGCAAAAUUGUACUUGCAUGGAAAUAAGCUGACUGGCUUCAUCCCUCCGGAGCUUGGAAAUAUGACACAGCUUAAUUAUUUGGAACUGAAUGAUAAUCUCCUAAGUGGACAUAUCCCUCCCGAGCUUGGAAAGCUUACUUCUCUAUUUGACUUAAAUGUUGCUAACAACAAUCUUGAGGGGCCAAUUCCCAGUGACCUUAGCUUGUGUACAAGCCUUACCGGCCUAAAUGUGCAUGGGAAUAAGCUGAAUGGAACAAUACCUGCUACUUUUCAUAGCUUGGAGAGUAUGACUUCUCUGAAUCUUUCGUCAAACAACCUUCAGGGUCCCAUUCCAAUUGAAUUGUCACGGAUUGGUAAUUUGGAUACAUUGGAUAUUUCAAACAACAAAAUAUCUGGACCAAUUCCUUCUUCCCUUGGUGACUUGGAACAUCUUCUGAAGCUGAAUCUGAGCAGAAACAAUUUAACAGGACCUAUUCCCGCAGAGUUUGGUAAUCUCAAAAGUAUCAUGGAAAUUGAUCUUUCCCAUAACCAACUCUCUGAGAUGAUUCCUGUAGAACUUGGUCAGCUUCAGAGCAUAGCAUCAUUGAGACUUGAAAACAAUGACUUAACUGGGGACGUGACAUCACUUGUAAAUUGUCUUAGUCUCUCUCUGCUUAAUGUGUCCUAUAACCAGCUAGUUGGUCUUAUUCCCACAAGCAACAACUUCACCAGGUUUUCACCUGACAGUUUCAUGGGAAACCCAGGUCUUUGUGGUAAUUGGCUGAAUUCUCCAUGUCAAGGUUCUCAUCCUACGGAACGUGUUACAUUAUCUAAGGCAGCUAUACUGGGAAUUACUCUUGGUGCCCUUGUAAUUCUUCUGAUGAUACUGCUGGCUGCUUUCCGACCACACCAUCCGUCUCCGUUUCCGGAUGGAUCACUCGAGAAACCUGGUGACAAAUCAAUUAUUUUCUCACCUCCGAAGCUAGUGAUUCUUCAUAUGAACAUGGCACUUCAUGUGUACGACGAUAUCAUGAGGAUGACUGAAAACCUGAGUGAGAAGUAUAUAGUUGGAAGUGGUGCGUCUAGUACGGUUUAUAAAUGUGUUCUUAAAAAUUGCAAGCCUGUUGCCAUUAAGAGGCUCUAUUCUCACUAUCCGCAAUACUUGAAAGAAUUCGAGACUGAACUUGCGACAGUCGGCAGCAUUAAGCACCGGAAUCUGGUCUGUCUCCAAGGCUACUCUUUGUCACCAUAUGGCCACCUUCUCUUUUAUGACUACAUGGAAAAUGGUAGUCUAUGGGAUCUUCUUCAUGGGCCAAGUAAGAAGAAAAAACUUGAUUGGCAUCUGCGUUUGAAAAUAGCACUUGGAGCAGCGCAAGGGCUCUCAUAUUUACACCAUGAUUGCAGUCCUCGCAUCAUCCACAGGGAUGUGAAAUCUUCAAAUAUUUUACUAGACUCAGAUUUUGAGCCACAUCUCACAGAUUUUGGCAUUGCCAAAAGCCUAUGCCCUACAAAGUCCCAUACUUCUACUUACAUAAUGGGCACAAUUGGAUACAUAGACCCUGAGUAUGCCAGAACUUCCCGACUCACGGAGAAAUCCGAUGUCUACAGCUAUGGUAUUGUUUUGCUUGAAUUGCUAACUGGGAGAAAAGCUGUUGACAAUGAGUCCAACCUCCAUCAUCUAAUUUUGUCCAAGACAGCUAGCAAUGCAGUAAUGGAAACGGUUGAUCCCGACGUAACUGCCACAUGCAAGGACCUAGGAGCAGUAAAGAAAGUUUUUCAGCUUGCUCUAUUAUGCACAAAGAGGCAGCCAGCCGAUAGACCAACGAUGCAUGAAGUUUCACGUGUAUUAGGAAGUCUCAUGCCGUCAGUCGCUCCCGCGAAACAACUAACUCCUCUACAGCCGGCAUCUCAUCCAUCUGCCAAAGUUCCAUGCUACAUGGAUGAGUAUGCAAAUCUCAAGACUCCUCAUUUGGUCAACUGUCCUUCCAUGAGCACUUCAGAUGCUCAACUCUUUCUCAAGUUUGGAGAAGUUAUCUCCCAGAACAGUGAGUGAAGAUUUUGAAAGAAUCAGUUAUCAAAUUCAAGUUCAAGAGUCAUGUAUAUUAAAAAUCCCAAAAAGAAAAAUGGGACAACAAAUUUGAUGAUGAGGCAUUUGAAAAUGUGGUGUACAAGUUUUAAUUAAUUAAUUAAAAAAUGUGUAUAAAAAUUUAGUAUGAUAUGAUUUUAGUAUAAGUUUUUUAGUGAUGAUGUUAUCAUUAUGGACAAGAAAGAUAUUAUGUAUGACCAACAACUUACAACAAUAUGAAAGGUGCAAGUAACCAAAUUUGUUGUACUUUUCUGUUUGGUAGCACACAAGAUUGAUGUAAUGAAGUUAAGGUAAUGGGACCAUUGAGCAGAGUGGGGUAGAUAGGUGUUAAUGGUAUUAGUGCAUAAUGUGUGAACAGCAAUAAUGCACUGAAUUUUUUAGCUGGCUUGAAUCAGUACUUGUCUGAAUACUGGCAGUAUUUCAGAAGGGGGUAUCAAUUGCCUCUUUUACUACACUACCUUGAUUCCUUUAUAUUGAUCUGAAGGUGCUAUCUAUGUGUUAUUGGUUUAUCAAAUUUUGUGUCA